AUGUCCUUCGACUCCAUUCCGGUCCUGGACCUCUCGCUGGCCCGGGACGCCGCCACGAAGCCCGCUUUCCUCCUUGAUCUUCGCCAUGCUUUGCUUGAAGUUGGGUUCCUCUACAUCAAAAACGCCGGCAUCAGCGACAAGCUCGUACGAGAUGUCAUUGUUGAGGGAAAAAAGUUCUUCGAUCUGCCUCCUGAAAAGAAGCUGGAGGUCGAGAUGAAAAACGCUCCCAGCUUUCUCGGAUACAGCAAACUCGGCAACGAAAUCACCCGCUUCAAGACUGAUUGGCGCGAGCAAAUCGAUCUUUCCACGAAUCACCCGCUUCCCUCCCCUUCAGACCCUCUCUAUCACAACCUCCUCUCACCCAACCAAUGGCCCGACUCGCAUCUCAUCCCCAACUUCCGCCCUGUCUACGAGGAGUACAUGAAGAAGAUGGGCGCCAUCAGCAUGGAAUUCAUCUCCCUCGUCGCCGAAGCCAUCGGGCUCUCUCCAGAUGCAUUCGACCGAUUCUUCGACGCCGAUCAGCAACACAAGCUUAAGAUUGUCAAGUACCCAGACCUCCAGGAACUGGGCGUGAACGGCGAUGUCGAGCAACAGGGCGUGGGUCCACACAAGGAUAGUAUGCUCACGAGUUAUUUGCUGCAGGCGAGUCAUCAUCGGGGACUGCAGGUCCAGAAUCAUCGCGGGGAGUGGAUCGACUGCCCACCGAUUGAUGGAACGCUGGUGGUGGCGAUUGGGCAGGGACUGGAGGCUAUGACACAGGGCGUUUGCCAGAGGAUCAAAAGCCACCCAGACGUAGGAGAAAGAUGGUACCCAGCCCUCCUGCAGAAGAUUAGAGAGGAACAGGCCAGCAAUAAUCAAAUAGCGGAAACACCGCAGGGCCUUUUGCAAGGUCAACCGCAGAGCCAGACCCAACCAGUUCCGGCUCAUUGA